AUGAAAUCUCUGGAUAUGAACAAUACAAAUACAAUGUACAAAAUUAUAAUUGAUAAACACUUGGAGCAGCCAGAGGGCUUGGCACUGGACCCUGAAGAUGGAUUGCUAUUCUUUUCCGAGAACUCACCGAAUGGUCGAAUAGAAAAAGCAUCCUUAGAUGGAGAGAAAAGAUCUGUUGUCAUAUACAGUAGUUUGUUAAGAGUAAUGUCCCUUUCCACGGACACUGAAAAUAACCUGCUGUAUUGGGCUGACUUUGGUCGAGAAACAGUGGAGGUUUGUGAUUAUGAUGGGUCCAACAGAAGAGUUCUGAGACGUAUGAUUGAUAUACCUCUCACCGGGAUACAGUACUUUGAGAAUGUGAUACACAGUGUUAGCUUUAGUAGAAGAAAGCUUGUGGGUAUUGACGUUACUUCAGGAGAAGUUUUGUAUGAUGUUUCAUUAAAAAUCGGCGAUCCAUUUACUCUAGCCAUUUAUGAUGGGGAAACCAACAAAACUCUGAAUGAUCCAUGUUUUCUUCAGUAUUGCCAGCACAUCUGUGUCAACACUCCAUCAGGUCCUAAAUGCCUCUGUGCUGAAGGAUAUGUACUUGGAACUGAUAGUUCUUCUUGCAUUGAGAGAUCCUGGUUUUAUGACAAGGGAAUCAUCGUAAAUAAUGCCACUGUGUUUUAUAUGUUGGAUACCAGAGCAUUAAACGGGCAAGCAGAGAGGGUUCCAUAUUUUCAGAUUCCUACAGCAAUAAUGACAACGUUUGCCAUGAACGCAAAAUCAAGAAUGAUUUACUUCGCUGACGCCAAAAGGAAUGAAAUAUACACACUAGACAUUUUUACGAAACGUUAUUCAACUCUUCUUUCUACUAAUCCCGUAACAGAUCUAAAUUAUGAUUGGAUUUCUAAUUUGCUUGGUUGGAUUGAACCUAACCAGUCUUCAAUUAGAACUUUUUCUCUUAACAACGGAACUGCUUCAACAGUUUACACCAACCUUCAGCAACCCAUAUCACUUACGAUUGACGCAAUUAAUGGGUUUAUAUUCUGGAUCUCAACUACUACAUACUCUAUAAUGCGAGGAACCUGGUACAGAAAACCUCCAAAAACCAUUAUAUCUGACUUAGAUGACCCGAUGUUCCUUAAAUAUGACACUACAAGUCAAAGGCUAUUUUGGCUGGAGAGUGGCCUACUCGUAAAAAGUUCACUGCCCAACGGGACAGACAUUAAAAGUCAUAUCAUAGCCUCUCGUGCAACAGAUCUGUUUAUUUACCAGGAUUUCAUUGGCUGGCUAAGUGGAGAGGAAAUUCAUUUUUCAAGCAAAACAUCGUCUGCAUCAGAAGUUUACUUCAAUAUAUUUCCAAACCCAAUGGAGGUUGGGGUAUUUGAUCCAACUCUACAAGAUGAUUUGAGAGGCACUUGUAAAAUUCUCAAUGGAAGAUGUGAUGAUAUUUGUAUUCCUACAGAAACCGGAAGUAAAUGUGGAUGCGAUAUUGGUUUACAACUUCAAGCAGAACAAAAGUCAUGUGACAGUAAUAUUCAGAAAACAGACUUCAUAAUUGUGUCUGAUUUCACCCAUGGACGAAUUCUACAGAUCAAUUUUAAUACAGAAGAAAUUGUGAAACUACCAAUCAAUGUACAACACACCUCAGGAAUAACUUUAGAUAAAAUGACAAAGGAUAUAAUUCAUUCCAAUUCAAUUUCGAGAACAGUACAAGUAUUUUCUCUUCAAGGAAAACAGUCAACCUUGACAACUGUAACAGGCUUUGCUUAUGCUGAGCGUAUGGCAGUUGACCAAUCGACCGGAAACAUUUACUUCACGGCAAUUUCUUCUCAGCCAAAUAGCAGUUAUGUUGGAGUUUUACACAGAACACAAUUAGUUCACAAAAUAUUGAUACAUGACUUGCAAAAUCCAAGAGCAAUUGUAUUAUAUUCAGCAAAAGGAAUACUGUUUUGGACAGAGACUUUGGAAGUUUCCAAAAUAGGAAGGGCAUUCAUGGAUGGUACCUCUAAAGAAUACAUAGUAACAAUCAGUGGUGGAUCCCCAAAUGGUUUAGCUUUGGACUUUGAAACUGAUCGACUCUACUGGACUGAUGGUCAGAGGAACACGAUAGAAUACUCAGAUCUCGAUGGAAGAAACCAACGCGUUUUGAUGACCGACAAGGAUGCACAACUUGUUGACAUUGUGUUAAAUGGACAGUUUCUGUACUAUACGGCAUGGAAUAGACAACGUAUAACAAAAAUUGAUAAAACCAAAGGAACGGAAGUUCCCUUUAUGAAGAAUCACCCAGAGCUUGGACGGCUUGACAGUAUUGAUAUCUAUUCUAACGACAUCAUUGAUGUAAACACGAGCUGCUCUGUAAGGAAUGGUCUGUGCAGUACCUUUUGCUUACCAGUUCCUGAAGGAAGAACAUGUGAUUGUGAAGAAAACGUGAGUUUGGAACCAAAUAAUGCAAUUUGCGCGGGAGUGCCAAGUUGUAGAACAACUCACAUAAAUAUGGAUUUCCUGGAAUGUUUUCCUUAUCCUGGUCAAACAUGUCAGUUUGAGUGCAAGUCGAGUUUUAAACAGAUGGCGAACACUACCCUCGCUUGUAAUUCUUCGGGUCAGUGGAGCCCAGACACUGAUCUUGUUUGUACAGAGAUUUUAUGUCCGUUCUCCAUUCAUCAUGCCAGACUAGCUCUUGAUUGUAGUAGAAAGGUUGGUGAAACAUGUGACUUCUCCUGUGAAGAAAACUACAACCGUGCCACUCCGGAAUACCUCAUCUGUAAUUCCACUGGAGAUUGGAAUCAUGAUACCAGCGGUUUAUGUCUCUAUAUAUCGACAUCCAAACCUGAUUCAGGGAACGGCAGUUUUUUGUACGUGUACAUGGGAAUAGGAUUUGGAGUCUUGGUGGCUUUGAUAGUCUUCAUUUUUCUGUGUCGAGUCAUUCAUCUCCGGAAAACAACAAAGCCAACAGGGCUUCACUACGAAAGCUCAGUCAUGUCCGAGAGAAAUCAGUAUUCUACAUUUAUGAACAGAGAAUAUCAAAGAGAUUUUGACAGACCAAGCUCUGGAGAAUACAAUACUAUAGCCGAAAUGAUGGAACAUGAAGACAUGAAGGCAGCAAAACCUGCAGAAGACUUCAAUGAUCAUUACCUAAGUCCUUGUGCAGACACAACUCAAGGCACAUAUAUACAAAUGACAGACCCGUAUGUGAAGCCUUCAUAGAGACUCAAUGAAUACGCUACUGUAUGUUAAUGAAAAUCUUGCAAGGUCAUCCUUUGAA